ACACCAUGCCAACAUCGAUCAUGCAGAAAAACUACAGCAAUUGUCCGCUCAAGAAGCGUCCAGUCUUCAUGUCCAAGGAGGAAGCAUUGAAAAAUGACUCAGACGGUGAGAUGGAACCGGAAAAUCUGAGCACGAAACCACAGGACCUCUCGAUGAAGUCCAUGAAGAAGAAGGCUCGCUCGGAAUCGCCCGAGCUGGUCGUGAUCAAGGCGGAGGACACUCUGCCCACACCGCCACCCUCUUCCUCACCUGCGCCCAGUGAUACCAAAUCGCCCCUUUCCAUCCCAACGCCGACCUACGGAUCGCUUCCCUCGAUGUAUUACGCCGGUUCGCGAUCGCCCGCCUCGUUCCCAUCGGUUUAUCCCGGAUUCCCGUACCCGCUGCCAUAUCCGGCCGAUUUCUACAGUGCCUACCACCACCAGCAGAGCCAACAGCCACAGCACCCAGCUGGACUGCCGCACCAGCUCCACCAUCACCACAGCCAUCACCUGCAUCCGCACCACAGUCAGAUCUCGCCACCACGCUCCGAGCCCCUCUCUCCCUACAGUGCCGGCCAGCACGAUACCUCCGCUAGUCCGUCUGCCUCUCCAACGCACCUCUUCCGUCCGGAUCGCCAUUCGCUCUCGCCACCACCUUCGAUGGUUGUUCCGGCCUAUCCGGCUGAACUUCGCAUUAACCAGAACAACAACAUCAUCAAGUCAGAGUCGGCGUUCGUACGGGCACAGCACCGCUACAUGCCUUACCCGUUGCAUCACCCCGCCCAUCACCACCAUCACCAUCAUCUGAUGAUGUCCUCGGUGGCUGAGCAUCCAUCGCUUUCGCCUGCCUCCAGCCAUACCUCGUUCAACUCGUACCUUUCGUCCCGUGGCCGUUCCCUGUCUCCGAUCUCCUCGUCAGCCCCCGCCAGUCCGGGUGCUGAUUCUGAGGAGAACAACAACAGUCUCAGCGUCACCAACGGCAACAGUACCUCGCUUUCGUCCUCGUCCGGAUGUUCGUCGAUCCUUACCGAAAAGUCCACCUCGAGCUCCAACAUCCAGAAGAAGGGUGAGGGCGAAAAGGGUGGCUCGACGCCUUCCAACGGUGGUGGACCACCGCGCUACCAGUGUCCGGACUGUGGCAAAUCCUACUCCACCUACUCCGGACUCUCGAAGCAUCAGCAGUUCCACUGUCCAGCGGCCGAGGGCAACCAGGCGCAGAAAACGUUCGUGUGCAAAGAAUGUGACAAACCGUACAAAACGCUCGGUGCGCUUAAGAUGCACAUCCGCACCCAUACGCUGCCGUGCAAGUGUACCCACUGUGACAAAGCGUUCUCGCGGCCCUGGCUGCUUCAGGGCCACAUCCGCACCCACACCGGGGAGAAACCGUUCGUCUGCAAACUUUGCUCGCGCGCGUUUGCCGAUCGUUCGAACCUGCGUGCCCACCAGCAAACGCACGAGGAUGUGAAGCGCUUCAAGUGUCCCACGUGUACGAAAUCGUUCUCGCGACUUCCGCUGCUAACGAAGCACGCCGAAUCGGGUUGUCCCGGUGGGUCGGGCGGUAGCAGUACAGCCGGAUCGCCCGUUCCAUCGCUAGCGCGUUCGGACAGUCCACAUUCGCAGAGUGCGUCCUGCAACAUCACGGAGGAUAGCUUCAUACCGACCGUGUUACCGCACGGUGGCAACAUUACCGUGUACUAG